AUGAUUAUUUUAAAGAUAAUUGAACAAUACUAUGAAUCCACAGAUAGUGAUUUGCAAUAUAUGGCUUUGAGAAAUGAGUUUACAAUAACCGAUAUAGACAAUGAUGUAUCUCUAUUAAUGAAUAAACUCGUUUUGCCAAUCCUUCUACGGGAAACAAAUAUGGAUAUUAUUAAUCUAGUGUGUUACGAAUUCCUUCCCCGAUUUGUCGAGUGUAUCAGAAAUAACUACAGUGUUAAUAGGGAUAUCUUUAAGUUUACAGAAAACAAAGUUUUAACUCCAAUUGUUACUAAUAUCAGGGUUGAGAAUCGAUCCCUAAUUUUUCUUCAAUGUUUAAAAGUUCUAUGUAAAAAAAUAUAUGAUUUGAUUGACAUAACUCAAAAAGAAAAAAAUCGUAAUGAAAAAUUCAAUGUACCCUCAAUAAUAUUCAAUACCGAUUCCACCUUCGUCUUCAGAACUUUAACAAACAUCAAAGAAACAAAACUAAUUGAAACAGAAAAAUAUUUAUGUUAUGAAACAUUGAAUUAUUUAUUACCAUUAUAUUUUGAUGGUCAUACCCAUUGCUUACCGAAAGAUAUACUUAUUAUGUUACUGAAGGAAUAUUCUCAAGAAGAAUUAAUUAACCCGAACACUCAAAAUUUACUAGAUAAUCUCUGUCGUCUUACGAGUCCUAUCGAAUUGAGUUAUGCAGCGGAAUAUAUCGAUGAUUACGUAUUGUUGGAGAUGUCAAAGUGUUGGUAUAAAUUCAAUAUUUUAGUUGAUGAAUAUUUUGAUACAAGAUUACUCCCUAAGUUGGAGGUUACCAAAAUUGGAAACAAGCCAGAUUUUAUUAAUACAUUAAGAAUUAUUACUAAUUUUGAACCGUACUAUUCAACAAGGAUAUUACAUAUAGCAUUACCAUAUUUGGCUCAGGAUAAUGUUAUACGGUUAAUGAAAUGUUGUAUAAAGUUAGUUAAUAUUUUAGAUAUCGCUAUCAAUGAAAGAAAGCUUGAAAACGAUAUCUUAUCCAAAUCGAGUAAUCACAUAAGUGACGAAUACAAUGAGGAUAACAUUUUGGUAUCUAAUAAUGAUAAUAUAGUUUCUUCUAGUAAACCAAAGAGUAAAAUCAAUAAUAAUGAAACUAGAGAUGACAAAUAUUUGGAAGAAUUAUCAUUAGCUACAGAAACAUAUGACUUUGGGAACGACGAUGAGGAAGAAGAUGUCUUUAUGGAAGACGAUGAUGUGAAUGACACAAACAAAAAUGUAUUAAACGACGUCCAUGAUAGUGAAUCGGCAGAUAGUGACAAGCGUAUCACAAAUGAAGAAUUUAGUAAUAUUGAACAACAUGAGAAUGAGGACGGAAUACAACAAGUUGAAUUGAUUAAAUCUAUGAUAUUAUCUAUAUUAAAAAAUUGUGAUAUAUCGUUACAAACAGAAAGAUAUUUUAUGGAGAUGGAAGAUAUCUCAUUCUAUACAAGUUAUAGAAAUAUGGGAUUAACAGCAGAUAAGACCGCGAUAGUAACGUUAUUUAAAUUCCAUUCAAAUGUGAAACAAAUUGAUUUACAAAAGAUUCUUACUGAUAAUGAUUAUUAUCAAUAUUUCACAAAGGAUGAUAUCUUUUCUACACUAGAUUAUAAAUCAGCUAGUUCCGUAGACAAUUUAACUGAUUUACAAUUCUGUGUUGAUAUUAUGGAAAAAUUAAUCCGUGAUGACAAUUUUGAACUUAAUAUAAGAGAUCAAUCAAUUCUGUCAUUAAUUGUCUUACCACAUAUCAAAAAAAACAAACAAUUUGUACGAGUAUUAAAAGUUGGGAAUAUGAAACAAAAAGUAGAUAAUGGUCUAGCUACCCGUACUUCUAUUUAUUCAAUUCUAUCUCAAAUGGAAAAAUUACCUUAUAAUGUGGCAUGUAAAAUAUUAGAAGAAGUUGUUGUUCAUGGCUUAAAGGAUAAAAAUAAUACCAUUCAAUAUUUAUCAGAAAAGAUUAUUGAAAAGAUCUUAAAUGAAUAUUACAAUACUAUACAAGGGUUAGCACAAGGCUGGUACCAAGUGGCAAUCAUGAACAAAUUACUGGAUAUAAUAUAUGGUUCAUCCGCAGUAUCCACCACUGAGACGUCAGUUCUGUCAAAUCUCAUCGAUACAUAUCCCUCGGUCCCGCCGAGACAUGACGACUAA